AUGCGUUAUAUCUUGCUUGCCUUGGGUGUAAUUAUUUCUAUUCACUACAUUCUGAGCUUUACACAUGAAGAAUACGGAAGGGCGACAUCUAUCUCAACCAUUGCCGGGCAAUUCACUGGCCCGAAGUCAAAUCCUCCCUACAAAACACCUGUACCAGACGAGUACUACAAGGUUGACGAACCCAUCGCCUUACAAGACCGUAAAUCGAACGCCACAUUCGUCAUGCUUGUACGGAACUCCGACCUUUCCGGAAUCAUGAGCAGUAUGAAGCAAAUCGAGGAUAGGUUCAACAAGAAGUUUCAGUAUCCUUAUGUCUUCCUCAACGAUGAGCCAUUUACGGAGAGCUUCAAAGAGCAUAUACAAGCCUUAACCAAUACCACGGUUGAAUUCGGCGUCAUCCCACACGACCAGUGGCAUCAACCAUCGUGGAUUGAUGAGGAGCGAGCAACAAAAUCGCGUGAUGAGAUGGUUAGAGACGGUGUGAUCUAUGGAGGCAGCGUCCCAUACCGCAAUAUGUGCCGUUUUAACUCUGGUUUCUUCUACCGACAUGAGCUCUUACAAAAGUACCGAUACUAUUGGAGAGUCGAGCCAGACGUAAAGCUCUUCUGCGACGUGGACUAUGACCCCUUCCUUGUGAUGCAAGACCAAAAUAAGGUGUAUGGCUUCACCAUAUCACUGUUCGAAUAUCAAUCUACUAUCCAAACACUAUGGACCACUGUAAAGUCUUUUAUCAAUUCUAACCCUGGCUUUGUGUCUCCUGACAACGCGAUGGGAUUUCUCUCGGAUGACGGAGGAGAAUCAUAUAAUCUAUGUCACUUCUGGAGCAACUUUGAGAUCGCAGAUCUUGACUUCUGGCGCAGUGAAGCAUAUUCCAAGUUCUUCGAAUUCCUUGACGAGCAGGGUGGAUUCUAUUAUGAACGUUGGGGAGAUGCACCAGUUCAUAGCAUUGGAGCCGCACUCUUCGCGAAGAAGGAACAGAUUCAUUUCUUCAAUGACAUCGGGUAUCGACACGAACCUUUCCAGCACUGUCCGCAGGGAGAAUUGAAUACCAAAGGAAAAUGUUGGUGCGACCCUAGUCAGAAUUUCGACUACGAGUGGUAUUCAUGCUUGAACAAAUACGAUAGGAUGUUCUCGUAGACCGAAACAUCAUGCUGUCACAGUAAUCUACUCCGCAGUGGGCUAUAUGUUCCUACGACACUGU